AUGUCCAAAGAGUCUGCAGAUCCAACAGUCGCCCUGGUCACCGGGGCCAACCAGGGCAUCGGAUACGAAAUCGUCAAGCGUCUGGCUUCAGAACACCCCGACUACCACGUGUACAUGGCGGGACGGCGGCCAGAUGCCGUCAAAAAGGCCGCGGCGGAGCUGCAAACGGCAGGACUCAACAACGUCGAGCCCCUGUUGCUCGACAUCACGUCCGACGACAGCAUAGCGUCCGCCGUGGAGGCGGUCCGGGCCAAGUUCGGCCACCUCGACGUCCUCGUCAACAACGCCGCCAUCAUGGAGGGCAACCCCGGCGACCCGAUCCGGAAAAGGCUCGCGACCGUAUAUGACACCAACGUGUUCGGCUCCAUCGCCGUCACCGAGGCUUUCAUGCCCCUCCUCCGGAACUCCGCCAAGACGCGCCGCGUCGUCUUCGUCAGCUCCGGCAUCGGCAGCCUCACCGUCCGGGCGGACCCGGAGCCCAAGAUACACAUCAUGGACCUGAUGGAGUACGGCUCGAGCAAGGCGGCGCUCAACCACGCGGCCAUGACCUUUGCCUCGCGGUUCCGGGGCGACAGCGCGUGGAAGUUCAACAUCUGCUGCCCGGGCCACUGCGCGACCAACAUGAACGGCUACAACGGCCCCGACGAGGCGUCGCUCGGGUCCAUCGAGGCCGUCAAGCUGGCGACGUUGGGGCCCGACGGGGUGAACGCGUCCUUCUCGAACAGGCAUGGGCCGCUGCCAUGGUGA